ACGGGUGGCAGUAAAUCUUACAUCGCGACCUACCGUUUUUCGAUCGUGUAGUGCUCGGUCGUGUGGAGUCUCUCUAACUAGCUAUCUAACGGUUGGAUUGUCGUACAUAUAGUCACACUGCCCCAAGUCGCAUUUCUGCCACCAACCGCCGUCGUUUUCUAGCGUUUCAUCAAAGUCAAUCAAUUUUCGGUUACAUUCGGCGAGCAUAAAACAAGAAUAUGUCUACGAGCCGUUAUUUAAACUGGUCGCGACCGUCACCCGGUAGGCAUCAUCCGCUCCGUAAGCAGGUUUCCUGCUUCGAGUCUUUCUCCGGCGGUGGGAGAAGUCUGUCGGUGAACAACCUUGCCACUUCGGUGUCCACGGACAAGAGUGCCGACUUUGCCACCUUCGUAACGGCUGCCAUCAUUCACAAGAAUCGUUUUCAAAGUUAUAACACUUACCAUCAGGCGCACAGUCGGGAUCCGGUUAUCAUAUCUGGUGGCACAUCGACGACACUUGGUUCCGACGGACCUCCGAGGGCAACACCGCGUCGACGACCUGCCAGCGCUCACACAUCAUCUUCGUCGUCUAUGCUGUCCGGAACUUCUGCGAUGGCAAGGAAGCUGAACGCCCACGAGAGCCGGAAGGUGCUGACCAAGCAACUUUCGUUGGAUCAUCCGAACGUGGGUGGUGGACCUCCGGCGGGCCAUGCGUGGACUACGACUGCCAGUCGGACGGCUUCUGUAUGCGGACCCAGUCCGGUUGGAUUCGAUGAUCAAUCGCACGGUGUAUCGAAAACGUGUGGAAGUUCUGGAAUCAAGAAGCGACCACCAGGAGCUGGAGUGAAAAAUGAUGCCGAACCGAACGAACACAUCAAAAAAGCCCUAAAGCAGGGCAAGGACUCCCGAAUCAACAUCAAGAUUUUCCUCGGUCAAUCUGUGCAGCAGGAUUCGUCCGACACCGGUCACAGUGACACGGAAUGUUCCCCGAACCAAUCGCAACAACAACAACACCAUCGAAAUCAGAACCAAUCCAAUUCGCAACAGCAGCAACAGCAACAACAACAACAGAAACAACAUAAUCAACAACAGCAAGGCAAUCAAAAGGCGGAAGCGGAAAAUUCGCAACCGGAAGUUGAAAGUAAACCCAAACAACCGCAGCCAUCUUCUUCCUCUUCCACCGGUGGCGGUCGUGGUUCGUCCCUAGCCCAACGUCGAGCUCAGUUCCAGGCGAGUCGUCAACAUUCCGAAGCAGCCGAAAGACGCCCGCCGCUGGUGCGGGCUAUGUCAGCUCCCAUCCGACCAAUAGACACCGAUUCCAAGUUCCUACAGAGUAAGAAAAAAACACGAAAGAAGAAAGUUUUGCGUGAACGAGACGAGAUAAACGAGUGCGAUGAGGACGACUUUGACGAGGAAACACUUAAACUCAACGCGACCAAUAGCAAGAACACGCUCGCUACUUCCGGUCCAAGGUCACGAUCGGUGCUAGGAGGAGCGUGCGACAUCGAAACACUCGUGUCGUUGCUCAGUUCCGGCGGAAGUGACUCCGAGAAGGAGGAUACAGCACCUCCGGACAGUGUGGACGGCAGUAACACUUCGUCGACCAUAAACUACAACAACAUAAACUUCAACUCGGUGCUGAAGUCACGUGCUCCAAUGCUCAAGAAGGCCGGCAAGUCGGUUUCAUUCCAGGAGACCGAGCUGAAGCAAAGUGCCGGACUCAACCGCGAUUAUUACCAACCUGGUCAUCGAAAGCCACCGUCACUGCAACCGUUUGCCAAUCGAAUCAGGAGAAGCCAACAGUUGGCCAAUACGCUGAAUGCGUUUCAGAAGAAGAAGAAUUUACCCGAAGAUAACAAAUCCGACGACGAUAAAGAUACACAAAGCGACGAUGAGUCCAAGGAAUUCAUCGCCGCCAAAAUCGCUACCAGUCGUCCGAACCCACCGGCCCAAACUACGAAAACGAUUCCAACGAUUCCAGAAGUCGGCGAUUCCAGCACUACCGCUGGCAAUCAGGAUCUGGUGGAUGGCCAAACGCCAAAGGAACGCGAAUGCUAUCGACUAUUCCAGAAGAUGUCCAACAUGGGCCUGUCGGUGUCGUACGAUACGAUCCUCCGUGGAAUGCUGACUCCAACCGAACUGAGAGUAUUGCAGAAGCAGAAGACCAAACUUCAGAAGCAGCAGGAAUCGCGUCAGAACAGCAGCGAAACGGAGACCAACGACAGUAGCGAUAACAGUAAGAGCGAUGGCUUAACUACUUUAAACACUUUCAUUGAUGGUAAUCGACCAGAACUGGAAAUCCUCAACGGACCACCAUCAGUUUUGAUAUCGGAACAAACCGUAGCUGUAGAGUAAACGGUAGAGCAAUAUCGGCUUCAAACAAACCCACAUGAUAGAAAACAAGUAAAAUUCAAGCAACAUUUUUGGUUUGGUCAGCAAACUGUGAUAGAAGAUUAAGAAACUGGAUACUCGGUUGGGUACAAAAAAAAAACCAUUGGAACGAAGUUACGAAGCACCUAUUAUUGAAGCGCACAUUCGAUCGACCAGAGUUUAAAGAAUGUUGGUAACAGAAACAGAGUUUGUUUGAUAUUAUAUAUGGCAACGGAAGCAGAGAUCAGAAUCAAUUCGUUAACCAAACCCUCAAUAAACCUAUGAUGGCACCGUUGAAGCUCACUUUGUUAGACAUAUUUUGCUUUAGAAAGCUUUAGGAGGCACACUCUAAUAAAGAAUGUAUGUUCCGAUAAAAAA